CAAAAAGAAUAUUCAGCAAUGGAGGUUCAAUCUAUCUUCGGCCUUACCCUUGCCAUUCUCUUCUACUCUGGAGCUCACUCAGCGACAUUCACAUUCACAAACAACUGUCCCUUCACAAUCUGGCCAGGAACCUUAACUGGGGCAGGCAAAUCACAGUUGUCUUCAACCGGGUUUGAGUUAGCCUCAAAAGCAUCAUCAACCUUAGACGUCCCGCCUCCAUGGUCAGGCCGCAUCUGGGCACGAACCAACUGCGCUUCCGAUGCCACUGGAAAGUUCACUUGCGCCACUGCAGAUUGCGGCUCUGGUGAGGUGGCCUGCAAUGGCGCUGGCGGGAUCCCACCCGCUUCACUCAUCGAGUUCACACUGGCAGAAAACGGGGGACAAGAUUUUUACGACAUUAGUCUCGUUGAUGGCUUUAACUUGCCUCUUUCAAUUACCCCACAAGGAGGAUCCGGCGGCUGUCUGUCCACAAGCUGUCCGAAUAAUGUGAACUCGGUUUGCCCAUCAGAAUUGGCGGUGCAGGGCUCAGACGGGAGUGUUAUUGCUUGUAAGAGCGCGUGUUUGGCGUUUAAUCAACCGCAAUAUUGCUGCACUGGAGAUUUUGGUUCGCCGGAUAAAUGUAAGCCGACGAGUUAUUCUGAAAUAUUCAAGAAUCAGUGCCUGCAGGCUUAUAGCUAUGCUUAUGCUGAUAAUUCUAGCACGUUUACUUGUAGUGGUGGAGCUAAUUAUGUUAUCACGUUCUGCCCCUAAGUUGAUAGUUAUGCUUACGAUGAUAAGACUAGCCUCUUUUCAUGCACUGGUGGG